GGCCCGGCCGGGAUGGGAAGGAGAGGGGGAAGGAGAGCAGUUUCUCUGUACACCGCGUGAGUCUGCAGAAAAGCCGCUGUCACGGGACUGACUCUUGCUUCAUUGGGGUUUCUGGCGGAUCUCGGGUUUGUAGCUGAUAGCAUCCUCGAGGGAAGCAUGUGUGCAGCCAAAGCUGUUCUCGCACAGGCAGAGCGGGAGCUGAAGCCGUCCUGCCAAGGAGUGUUUGACAGCAGCUGGGCUGCUGUGUUACCUCAGCAAGUGCUUCUAGGGCUUGUUCCUGCUUUUGGGUAAUUAAAGGAACCUCUGAAUGCCCAGAAGGCAGCUAUUGAAAUACCGUGCCUUCCUUAAAAAUGUGAUGUUGUUCUUCCGUGAGAGAGUCACAGAGUCACCUACUCCUGCAUUCUUCAAAGCCAGGAUAGCUUUCAGGAGUGGAUGAGAGAACCGCACGGCCUUCCUGUGGGUGCAGCACAGACACAGAAGAAAGCAAGGAUUGCAAUGCAGGGGAUGAAGCACGAAAAGGAAGCUGGUGUUCCUUCUAAUGAGCUGGGCUCAGCAGACACAGUCACUGAGCAGAAGGAGCAACCUGCAGAGGAAAUGAGAGAAGAAAAUCUAUGCAGAAGUAUUGGGGGACCUGAGGGGAGAAAUAGGAUUAAAUCACUUGCGACACAUGAUGAUGAUCCUAGAGAUUGUGAAAUAUAUUUGUCUGUGUCUGACAAUCCUUCAGCAAUGGAGACACCUGUGGACAGUGUAGUGAGGAGGACAUUUGCUGUGAAGCAGAAGAGAGAGAAGAUGCUGCACACUUGCAAGACAAGCUCUUCAGAAUAUAAAUUAAGUGUUGCGCCUGAAAUGGAUAUCCUGGAGUAUUGUGAAAAGGAAUGGAGAGGAAAUACACCAGUAGCAAAAAGGAUGAGAAAGGGAUAUGAAGCAGUUGCACAGAAGUUUGCAUCCAUAAGGCAAGUACGAGGUGAUAACUACUGUGCUCUCAGAGCGACUCUGUUCCAGGCACUAAGUCAAGCUACUCAGUUACCGCGCUGGAUGCAGAGUGAGGAUUUUACUGCGCUUCCUGAGAACUUGUUAAGCAAAUAUGACUGGAUCAAGCAGUGGCAGCUAAAACAGAGACCAAGGAGAAAGACGGGAGAAAUAAGUGAUGAAAUAAAAGAAUAUUUAUUGCUACUAAAGAAGAAGUGGAAGUGUGUAAGUGACAUCAAAUGUUCUGCUGAGAAACAAGAAGCUUGUGAUGAACUGUUUAAAAACGAAGAGGAGGAGUACAGUCUGUAUGAAGCUCUGAAAUUCUUGAUGCUUAACACUGCCAUUCAGUUAUACAAUGAUGAGAAAAAUGGAAGGAGAGUUCCCAUCUUCUCAUGGCUACUGUUUGUUCGUGAUACAUCUAGCAACCCUUGUCAGUUAAUGCAUAAUCACCUGAAUCAAAUAGGUCACAGUGGAGGCCUUGAGCAGGUGGAAAUGUUUCUCCUUGCUUAUGCUCUGCAGUACACCAUCCAGGUGUAUCGACUGUAUAAGUGUAGUACUGAUGAAUUCAUCACAUUUUAUCCCAAUGAUCCUGAUGAAGACUGGCCUGUGGUGACUCUCGUAACUGAAGAUGACAGACAUUAUAACAUUCUGGUCAGAAUGUGCCAAGAAACAAUGCUAUAAAGGGGAUUUUGAACAGACACACCUGUGCUUAUGGAGGUUUCCAGUGCUAUUUUGAAACAGCAUGAUGAUGAAACAGGUGUUAUUAACCUUGCAACGACUUGAAAUUCUUGUUUUAGAAGUUUGCAUCUGGACUAAAAUAUCAAACAGGUUCUGUCUCAAGCAUAAUUCAAAAGUUUUGCAACUGUGGCUUCUGUUACUGAUGUAAAAUAACAAGUGGGAACAUUUUCAAUCUUUUUCUUUUAAGAGCUUGCUCUGAAAUUCAAAAACUAUAGAUACUAUUCUUUUAAGAAGUGAUGAUCUUCUGUAAGAUGGGAGCUGUCUUGUGCCCUCUAAAAUAAUGAGAUACUGAUGAAUUCAAAUUUCUAGAAAAGUGUCCUAACAGAUCUUUGUCUGCCUGCACACAAGCAAUUUGUGUAAAUCAAGGUCUGAGUAAUUUAAUGUCUACCUUGUGUUUAAUGGUGCGAGAGAGGUACUUAAAAGUUUUCUAUUGCUCUAGACCUGAGUGUCUAAUUUAGAAGCCAGGCAUCCGUUACACUGAAAGUGAAGAGUUCUUCCCCUUCUGACCUCUGGAAAAGAUUAUGACAAAAGGCAUUGGCAGUAAAGGAGUACAAAUCUCAUUUGUUAGCAAGUCACAAAUUCAAAACCUGCACAAAAUCAACUUCAGUUGUAGUAGCUGAUAUGAGAUGACCACGUGCACGCAAACUCCAUGGCUGUUAACAUUACUGUUUCUGUAACGUUAAGCUUUGCCAGUAACUGCUGUGGAGAACACAGCACAAGUAGAUGACAGUAAAUUUAUGGUGGAACUCCUCUGCUCUUGGGGGGGGAGCAUGUAGGUGGCUCUGUGUUUCUGCUUAGGAAUAUUCAAAGUUGUUUAAACAGAAAAACUAAAGGGGGCAGUGCUGGCAUACCUAAACACAACGGAAGAAAGCCUUCACCUCAGUGGAAGUAUGACCUACAGAUGAUUCUCCAAACAAGAGUGGUGAAAAUUUCCAUAUAUUUGGAGCUGUGUAAUACUGAAGGCUUUUUAAGGGCUAGGUUUAAAGAGUUAAUUAAUACCUAUCUUCCAUUCGCCCCGGUGAAAGCAUACAGCAGAAUUUCUUCAUACGAAGGAAAACAGUGGCCCAGAUGAUCUUGGGACUUGCUGGGCUUUGCAUUGUUACAUGUGGUAAUGGUUGGUUGGCUGUGGAUAGAGCUUAGAGAAGUGGAGCAGCGAGCAGGGUGGAGUAUUGGGGCUUGGUGCAGCUCUGAGAAGCUGGUGCUGAAACCAGCCCCACAGUGCCUGUGGGAGCUCACCCAGAGCUGGGCUGCCUGGGGAAAUGCAGGUGUGUUCAGUUCAGGAGCAUAAUGCAUGCAGAUCGUUGAGUCAACACAGACAAAAUCCAGGCCAAGUUUGUUUCUGCAGGACAGCA